UGAGUUAGCACUUCCGGAUCAGCGACCCCAUGUUUCUGGACGCCAUCUUCUUUAUACCGACACUGUUCACUUACCUGCUUAUCGGACUGCUCAUCGUCAUCCUGUGCUUCGUGGUGGUCUAUAUCAGCCACAAGAUCUAUGUCUCCGUCUACGACAACCUGCCUCUGGCCGCCUUGCCCGGCAACUCACGGCAACAGCUCCUGGGACUGCGUCACUCCAAUCAUGCGAUGACCAUACGGGAAUACCUGGACAGCUCGCUCCGCAGCCCACGUUCCAAUCAGCCGAGCUUACGGUCAGUUUGGAUUCAGAACCGGUCACAGAUCCUGGAGACCUCUUCGGUGAUGCGUAUAGUGCUCUCCCUGGAGCCCUGCUACCUGGUCAGCGCCGAGUUCGAUGUUAGUUCCAGCCGGAAGGCCAUCAGUUUCUUGUGCAACUGCCGGGAUCAGCCCGUGUGUGCUGCCUCUGAACCGAGGCCUUCUGGGUCCUUGCAUAUAGUGCGGUUCUAUGACCACCUCUCCAAGAUCCCGCGCCUCAAAGUCAUGCUCAAGUGUAACCAAAGGCGGCCGGACCCGAGGCCGGACAGUCGUAUCCAGUUGACCCUCGACGACGUGAUCCAGGAGGCCAGAGAUAACCAGGAUGCCAGGUGUACGGAUAACGCCGCCGCCUGCCGACCUGGUUCCUCAAGGCGGAACUCCCGGAUACCGGAUUAAAGGAUAGGGGGGUAUACGUCGUCUGUUCUGGGCUGCUUGGUCGCGGUAUAACUAGUUUUAUUAAAUUGUAUACAAAGAUCAAUGAGCUGGAGGCUCCAGGGUCGACGGCUGGUUCAGUGGGUCGGGCACUGAGCUCACGCUAGUUUACGAUAAUCGCGUGACAACGAAGGUGAAAGCCAGCGGAACAGAGGCGCACAC